AUGAGAGGGAUAAAGCUAAAAGAAACUGAACUUUUUCUUGUGAAAAAAUUCAAUGAUACUCACACAUGUUCGUUGGAAUUUGUGAAUCAUGGGCACAAGCAAGCAUCAGGAAGGGUGAUUGGUGAUUGCAUCAGGGCCAGAUAUGAAGGUGUUGGGCAUGUUUACAGACCAAAGGACAUAAUGCAGGAUAUUAGAAGAGAAUAUGGAGUUAAUAUUACCUAUGAUAAGGCAUGGAGGGCUAGAGAAUGUGCUCUUUAUUCUCUUCGUGGUUCAUCGGAAGAAUCAUUUACUUACUUACCCCAUUAUUGUGCUGUAUUGGAGAUUAAUAACCCUGGUACAAUUACUCAUAUUGAGUCUGAUGAUGAAAAUCGAUUCAAUUUUUUUUUCAUGGCUAUUGGUGCAAGCUUACGUGGAUUUCAGAGUUCAAUACGCCCUGUUAUCGUCGUUGAUGACAACCAUUUGAAGGGUAAGUAUUUGGGUACACUUUUUGUGGCAACUGCUUUGGAUGGAAAUGAGCAAAUUUAUCCGGUUGCUUUUAGCAUUGAUGAUUCUGAGAAUAAUGCAUCUUCGCAAUGGUUUUUUGAAAAAUUACGGGAUGUCAUUGUAGUUGAAGACUUUUCACGGUUAUGUAUAAUUUCAGACAGAAAUCCUAGCAUUGAUAGGGCAGUUUCACUUGUAUUGCCUGGUUCAUUUCAUGGUGUAUGUAUCGUCCAUAUCCAACGGAACAUGAAGGCGAAAGGGUUCAACGAAUCUAUCAUCCCUAUAUAUCUUAAAGCUGCUAAGGUGUAUCGAACAUCUGAGUUUGAGCAUUUAAUGAAUCAGUUGCGUAAUGUCGAUGGAGGUAGACAAUAUGCUUAUUUAGUUGAAGCUGGUUUCCAUAGGUGGUCUAGAGCACUGUCUUCUGGUAAGAGUAUAGUAUCAUGA